UGACGAUCGCGACGAGCAGGACGAGAACGAGAUCGAUGAGAGAUAACGAAAGAUGAAGCUAUCGAGCAGCGGAGUGAAAGAACUCCAGGCCGUACUGUUUCCGGUUCAACCCAUUCCAGGUGGCAUCCUCUCUGAUCUAACGCCGCAAGAUUUACAAGUGUCUCAAUUGGAACGUUACGAGAGUUCAGCUCUAAGACGAGACGCGGAAUCGGCACUGUUCGCGAUACCUUUGGGUCUAUCCAGAUAUCGGUACUCGAAGGAGGCCCUUCGAGCAGUACUCGAUGCACGUUGCAUCGUCGACGGAAGCAUCCAGGAAGCGGCCAGGUGGCCGACCGAGUGCCAGGUGAUCCCAGAAAGAGUUCGUCACAUAGAGUACAAUCCUGCCACACCGGAAGCCUUCUACGUGUCAACCGGAAAGGAACCGAGACCCAAACCAAUCGGUGACGAGCUUGGAACGGUGAUAUUUCGUUACUGCCCAACUAACGUUACUAAUUACUUUAGCCGAUCUUGCGUAGGCGGUAGCACAGUGUUACCGUUCCACACGGAUUUCCCCGGGGAAUCAACCGCGUGUGCCAAUGAGAACGAUAUCUUCUUCGUUGCCGAAACGUCCCGACCGAAAGAUGACAAUACGGACUUACAGUUUGAAUCGCGAUUUGAGUCCGGAAACCUCGGCAAAGUAGUAAAAAUAACCGACACAUAUUACCAGCUCUAUCUAAGAAGAGAUCUCUACACUCAGAGGCAUACACAGUGGUACUACUUUAGGGUAUCAAAUACAAGAAGCAGAAUCACAUACAGAUUCUCAAUCGUAAAUAUGUGCAAAGAAGAGAGCCUUUAUAACGAAGGCCUCAAGCCUCUUUUAUACUCCACUGAAGACGCUCGAACUCGAGCCAUAGGAUGGAGAAGAUGCGGCGACAACAUCACGUAUUACCGAAAUAACGACUCAUCGUAAGAAAAUUAUAAUGUCAUAUAACAAAAUAAAUAUAAAAAAAUAACACGAAAUGAUUGCAGAAGCGAUGACGAGAAGGAAAAACACACGUUGACGUUUAACAUCUCAUUUCCUCAUGAUCGUGACAUCGUUUACUUGGCGCACUGCUAUCCAUAUACCUACACCGAUCUACAGGAAUAUCUCGGUAAGAUCGUGGCUGACCCCACAAAGACAAGGUUCGCGAAACUGCGCCUGCUGUGCCGCAGUCUGGCCGGAAAUGGCGUGUAUUAUUUGACGAUCACCGCACCAACCCACGAUGAAGACGUGCGUAGGAAGCGGGGCGUCGUUAUCACGGCUCGGGUGCAUCCUGGUGAGACACCGUCGAGCUGGACGAUGAAGGGUAUCAUCGACUUCCUCACCGGCGACACAAAUCGGGCUAGAGAGCUUAGAGAGAGAUUCGUCUUCAAGUUGGUGCCGAUGCUGAACCCAGACGGUGUCAUAGUGGGUAACAAUCGGUGCUCCUUGUCCGGGAAGGAUCUAAAUCGACAGUACAGGACAGUGAUGAGAGAAAGUUACCCGUCUGUCUGGCAUACGAAGCUAAUGAUCCGGAGGCUCCUCGAGGAAUGCGGAGUGGCGAUAUACUGCGAUCUUCACGCUCACUCGAGGAAACACAAUAUAUUUGCCUAUGGUUGCGAAAGCAAGAGGACAGGAUGCAACGGAAAGCUGUCGGAACAGGUGUUUCCGCUGAUGCUUCAUAAAAACGCAGCUGAUAAGUUCUCCUUCGAGAAUUGCAAAUUCCACGUCGAGAAGGUGAAAGAAGGUACCGGUAGAGUGGUUGUAUGGUCGAUGGGCGUACAAAACAGUUAUACCAUGGAGGCUUCUAUGGGCGGUUCUAAAAUCGGCUCAAGAUGCGGAACGCAUUUUUCCAUUCAAGAUUACGAACAGAUCGGCAAGGCAUUCUGCGAGACCCUACUUGACUUUUCCGAUCAAGAUCCCAUGAAGGAAAGACUCCGAAAUAAAAUUAUAGCCAGAUUAGCGAAGGAGGGAUCCAAUGCUGAAGAACCUAUCAAUAUCGAUUUGACCGAUUAUUCAAGGAGAUAUCUCACAGGAGAGGGUAGGACCGAAUACACGGAUGCUGCGUGGUCCAGCGAGGGCGGAGAGUUCUUGGCGAGUCGCCGUCGGUAUCUUUGUGUGCCACCACCGUCGCCGACUUUCGUCCCACCGAGAAGCGUCGGUCUUUACAGAAGAAGAGCACGAAGGGACAUCGCGGGAAGAAUUUAUUUGGAGCGCAGGAAAAAUGUGGCACGACGAGCGGUGAUGGAUUUGCCGACCACAGAUCCAGGUAGUGAUCUGUGUGAUCUGACCGAUUCGGCUGAUGAAAGUUUUGUUAGAAGCGAGGGAAGAGAAUAUGAUGAUGUAUGGAGAAGUACGCAAGAACAUCGAGAAGAGAUAAUCGGACUCUCCGAGCGGGAGACAACUGAGAAAGAGGAGCGACAGGAGAAGACGUUGAUCUUACCGGAAAUUAUGAGACCUCGCAGCGUAUCUUUUGGAGAGUUACUACCACGGAAAGAUUACCGGAAGACUCGGCAACACCCGCGAUGUCUUCGAAUGCUGAGAAAUCCGUCGCCGGUAUCGCCGACUAGCCAAGAGGUGAGAAUCAAGCUCACAUCAUUGAGACGGCAGAUCUGGACUGGUGUGUCGACCAGCACCGCCGCCGACGAGAACAACGAAGCGGAACGUCUCACAUUUAUUAAGACGCCGUUGAGCUGGGGUAUUUCCAGACAUGCUCUGAUGCACUAUCCCACGGACGGCGAGGUCACGUUAAAGCCGCAGUCCAAGAAGACUCAGUCGCUCGUCUACGACAAGGACGACGCGAGGAAGACACGGAAGAAAUUACGGCGAAAUGCGUCCCAAUUGAAAUCCGCGCGAACAGACGGGCAGAAAUCGUCCAAGAGGAAGAAUGCGAAGCUUGACUGGCAACGGGCGGUGAACCUAAACUCCCGGGGCAAGGAUGCGAGAAUUACAAGAACCUCCUCUUUCUUGACGAUUGAAGCGGAUUCGUUGAAGCUGCUGGCCACGUCGACGGUGUCCAAACAGCCACAGCGACCGCAACGGAAACUCGAGUCGCGCCGAAAGUUCCGCGGUGUCGGUGCGGUGACCUCCACCUGCGUCGGCGUCGGGGCGAAGACGAGCGUCGCGAAGACAACGAGAACACGAGCGUGCCGUCGCGACGCCUUCUGCGAGAGCACGACGUCAGACGAUGCCUCGUCAGAUUCGGGCAAGCCAAAAGUAGUGAAGAAAAAGCAGAAGAAGAAAAAGCAACAACAACAACCGCCUCCGAGGAAAACAAACAGAGGAACCGAACAAAGCAAGCGGGUCUGCAGCGCGAAGACCUCGCGUAACAACGUUUGAGAAUUAUUUUUUCGAACAAGCUGUGAGAUGUGUUGUUAGUCCUCCUUAUUAUUUGAGAUUUUGAAUAAUUUAAAGAA